AUGGAAGAGGCCUCCCCCAGGCUGGAAGAAGACUGGAAGAAAGGCCUUCAACGAGAAUCGAGCUGGCAGUGUGCUGCUCUGGUUGGUGAAGACCAGCCUCUUUGCCCAGAUCUUCCUGAACUUGACCUUUCUGAACUCGACGUGAACGACUUGGAUACAGACAGCUUUCUGGGUGGACUCAAGUGGUGCAGUGACCAAUCAGAAAUAAUAUCCAAUCAGUAUAACAAUGAGCCUUCAAACAUAUUUGAGAAGAUAGAUGAAGAGAAUGAGGCGAACUUGCUAGCAGUUCUCACAGAGACACUGGACAGUCUCCCUGUGGAUGAAGACGGAUUGCCCUCAUUUGAUGCACUGACAGAUGGAGAUGUGACCACUGAGAAUGAGGCUAGUCCUUCCUCCAUGCCUGACGGCACCCCUCCGCCUCAGGAGGCAGAAGAGCCGUCUCUACUUAAGAAGCUCUUACUGGCACCAGCCAACACUCAGCUAAGUUAUAAUGAAUGCAGUGGUCUCAGUACCCAGAACCAUGCAAACCAUAGUCACAGGAUGAGAACAAACCCUGCAGUCGUUAAGACCGAGAAUUCAUGGAGCAAUAAAGCGAAGAGCAUUUGUCAACAGCAAAAGCCACAAAGACGUCCCUGCUCAGAGCUUCUCAAGUAUCUGACCACAAACGAUGACCCUCCUCACAGCAAACCCACAGAGACCAGGAACAGCAGCAGAGACAAAUGCACCUCCAAAAAGAAGCCCCACACACAAUCGCAGUCGCAACAUUUACAAGCCAAACCAACAACUUUAUCUCUUCCUCUGACCCCAGAGUCACCAAAUGACCCCAAGGGUUCCCCAUUUGAGAACAAGACUAUUGAACGAACCUUAAGUGUGGAACUCUCUGGAACUGCAGGCCUAACUCCACCCACAACUCCUCCUCAUAAAGCCAACCAAGACAACCCUUUUAGGGCUUCUCCAAAGCUGAAGUCCUCUUGUAAGACUGUGGUACCUCCGCCAUCGAAGAAGCCCCGGUACAGCGAGUGUCCUGGUACCCAAGGCAACAACUCCAUCAAGAAAGGGCCUGAGCAGUCUGAGUUGUAUGCGCAGCUCAGCAAGGCCUCAGUGCUCACCAGUGGACACGAGGAAAGGAAGGCUAAGCGGCCCAGUCUACGGCUGUUUGGUGACCAUGACUACUGUCAGUCAAUCAAUUCCAAAACAGAAAUACUCAUCAAUAUAUCACAGGAGCUCCAAGACUCUAGACAACUAGAAUACAAAGAUGCUUCCUCCAGUGGGCAGGGGCAGAUUUGUUCCUCCACGGAUUCAGACACUUGCUGCAUGAGAGAGACUCUGCAGGGGAGCAAGCAGGUCUCUCCUUGUAGCACCAGGAAACAGCUCCAGGACCAGGAGAUCCGCGCCGAGCUCAACAAGCACUUCGGUCAUCCCAGUCAAGCUGUUUUCGACGACGAAGCAGACAAGACCAGUGAACUGAGGGACAGUGAUUUCAGUAACGAACAAUUCUCCAAACUACCUAUGUUUAUAAAUUCAGGACUAGCCAUGGAUGGCCUGUUUGAUGACAGCGAAGAUGAAAGUGAUAAACUGAACUACCCUUGGGACGGCACGCAGUCCUAUUCAUUGUUCGACGUGUCCCCUUCCUGCUCUUCCUUUAACUCUCCAUGUAGAGAUUCCGUUUCACCACCCAAAUCCUUAUUUUCUCAAAGACCCCAAAGGAUGCGCUCUCGUUCAAGGUCCUUUUCUCGACAUAGGUCGUGUUCCCGAUCACCAUAUUCCAGGUCAAGAUCAAGGUCCCCAGGCAGUAGAUCCUCUUCAAGAUCUUGCUACUACUAUGAGUCAAGCCACUGCAGACACCGUGCACACCGAAAUUCUCCCCUGUGCUCGAGAUCACGUUCAAGAUCACCCUACAGCCGUAGGCCCAGGUAUGACAGCUACGAGGAAUAUCAGCACGAAAGGCUGAAGAGGGAAGAAUACCGCAGAGAGUAUGAGAAGCGCGAGUCUGAAAGGGCCAAACAAAGGGAGAGGCAGAGGCAGAAGGCAAUUGAAGAACGCCGUGUGAUUUAUGUUGGCAAAAUCAGACCUGACACAACACGGACAGAACUGAGGGACCGUUUUGAAGUUUUUGGUGAAAUUGAGGAGUGCACAGUAAAUCUGCGGGAUGAUGGAGACAGCUAUGGUUUCAUUACCUACCGUUACACCUGUGAUGCUUUUGCUGCUCUUGAAAAUGGAUAUACUUUGCGCAGGUCGAAUGAAACUGACUUCGAGCUGUACUUUUGUGGACGCAAGCAAUUUUUCAAGUCUAACUAUGCAGACCUAGAUUCAAACUCAGAUGACUUUGACCCUGCUUCCACCAAGAGCAAGUAUGACUCUCUGGAUUUCGAUAGUUUACUGAAAGAAGCUCAGAGAAGCUUGCGCAGGUAACAUGUUCCCUGCCUGAGGAUGACAGAGGGACGGUGAAUACCUCACGGGACAGUGCGUCCUCCCCUAACAGACUAUUGCAAGUCAUACUUAGGAAUUUCUCCUACUUUACACUCUGUACAAAAACAAAACAAAACAACAACAAUACAACAAGAACAACAACAACAAUGGUUUACAUGAACACAGCUGCUGAAGAAGCAAGAGACAGAAUGGAUAUCCAGUAAGCACAUGUUUAUUCAUGGGUGUCAGCUUCGCUUUCCCUGGAGUCUCUCGGUGAUGGUGAGUGUGUGUGUGUGUGUGUGUGUGUGUGUGUGUGUGUGCAUGUGUGCCUGGUUUGGGGGAAGUGUGCAUGUGCAGGUGGGGACUGGGGGCUCCUGACCAGAGUGUACCAGGGCAAACCACUUCAAAUGGCAGCAGU